UAGCAUACUUGAUAUCGGUGACAUACCCAACCUUUUCCCAUAUAUAUAUAUCAACAUAGAUCUUUGGAAAUAUUUUGUUCUUUAUAAUCUCUUUUAUGGGUAUUAUCUUUGACAUAUAAUAUCACUAACCACUUUAGUUAGGGUGAGAUUUUCUGAUGUUGAACAGGAUGGACAACAAUGCCCACGGAAUAAUAGAUAACAAAGAAUACCUCCACAGAUUGAUUCUUUCAAAGGAGAUAUUAAAAUUUUCCAUGCAGCCGAUGUAUCAAAUGUCUUCUCAUUUGAGUUCUUUUUAUUAUUUUUUCUUUUGUCACUUGACCAUGUGGAUGAUAAUGUUCCCGAUGCCACCAUUGGUAUAGCGUAAGAGAUUUCUCCCAAACUGGCAGCAUGGGAACCCUCUCCCAAAAGGAAAAUACCUAAGAAAUCUUCACCUCCCCCCUUCACAAUUCUUCUUUAAUUUUCCAUUUACUCAUGAAAAAAUACAGGAAUUUCACCCCCAAUUACACAUCUUUCUUCAUUUUUUUUUUUUUUUUUUGGGUCCAUCCCACACCAUGUGAGGAGCGCAUCCAAACCGGUAGGGGAGGGAAGGUCAGGUUUCCUUUUGUUCAUUCUUCUUCAUCAUCUUCUCUAUAUUUUCCUGUUGUUUUUUGUAACUUGGUUAUGGAAGAAAUCUGCAAAAAAUUUCUGAAAUUCUGCAAACAAAACAAACAAAAUUUCUGUAGACGGAAAGCAACAGAAGUGGUUCCAAAGGCAAUUUUCUCGUCAAAUGAGUAUUCCAGUGAUGAUGGCCAGCAUGCAACUGCUGUUGCGGCUGCUGCGUUUGCCAUCAAUUCACUCCAUGAAGCCAAGCUAGCAGAUGAGAAAAAGAUCAGAGAGGGUGUUGCUGGGCAGCCAUACAGUGGAAGAAUAUCCAGAAAAUCUACAAGCAAGGAAUGGAAGGAAGACAAAAAAAUCUCCAGAGGGCGCUCCUGUGAAAAAAUUAGAAAGGAUGGAUCAGAGGAUAUCAGAGAAUGUAGUCACCGGUGAAAAGAAACAAGAAAAAGCUCGCAAUAGAUUUCCAAGUACUAAAAGGACACCAACAUUUGCCGAACAAGUGGAUACAAGACCAAGGCCGAUUCCUCCACCCAUUGCGAAAAAAACACUUCCAACAGCUAGAGAUGACAAGUGGAAGGAUAUCUCAACAAGAACAAGAGGUCCACAAUCCAAAGCAGAUACUUGGAUGGAAGUUGAGAUGGCCAAGAUUAAAAAAACGGUAUGAGAAGAUGAAUUCCACAAUUCAAGCAUGGGAAGAGGAGAAGAAGAAGAAAGCUAGACGUCGACUGGACAGGAAAGAGGGUGAAUUGGAACAGAGAAGGGCAAGAGUCUUGCAACAACAUCGUGUCGAGAUACAAAGAAUUAAUCAAAUCGUUGGGGGAGCAAAAGCACAAGCUGAGGAAAAGAGAAGAAAUGAUGAACAGCUCAAGGCAAAAGAGAAAGCCAAUAAAAUCAGAGCAACAGGAAAGGUCCCUGCCACAUGUUUCUUUUUCUGAAGCACUAAUACUAAUGAAAUUAACUUCAGGAAAAAAAAAGUCAGUUACAGUUUUCUGUUAAGUACAAAUGUAAAUACUUCCUGAAACCUAUAUAUAGCUGGUGGCUUCAAGGAAAAAAAAAUUAAUCACAAAAAAAAUUAAUCACAGUU